UUGUUUUUACGGGACUACUUUGGUGUUCCUCCGAGCACGGCAAAGUAGUUCUCAAACGAUUAGAGAAUCGCGCAUUUUAAACAUUUCCUCACUGAAAUUCAUCUUAGAUUCUGACAUCCACGACGUUUGUGGUUAUAUGAGCGAUUUUUCUGAAUAAGUGAAAAGACGCGGCUGAGCCUUUUUUCUCGAAACCGACUGCUCUGCUAUCUUUCUUCUUCAUAGACCUCCGCCAUCUUGAGUUUUAAUGGUAAUUUCUGUGUGUAGUUAAGUUAUCUAUCCUAUGUUUCCCCUGUUUUUAUGUAUUUUGUAUCUGGUUUGGAGUGGAGACUGCAGGGCUGAAGUUCUCGAUGGCGGCCGAUGACUGACACUAAGAAUCAAUGCAACUAACCGAAGCAGUUUGUGGGUAUGAAGUGGUUGGGAGAAUCCAAGAACAUGGUAGUAAGUGGCAGACGACAUGGAAGCAGGUUCGGUGAACAGCCAGGUAGCCAAACUCGUACUCAGCAUGCGCGUCCCAGCAAGAGCUCCCUCAGCGGCAGGAGAUGCAGCCGCCGUUUCAAUGCUGGGCCAUUGGAGGUGGAGAGACGUCACGUCCCGUCCUCAGGAAUGACAGCCAAGGAGCUGUGUGAGAACGAUGAUCUUACCACAGGCCUCAUUCUUGACCCUUACCUUGGGUUUCAAACCCAUAAGAUGAAUACCAGGUUUCGACCACUCAAAGGAAGACAAGAGGAGCUGAAGGAAAUAAUAGAGAGUUUUAAAAAACACAACGACCUGGAGCAAUCUUUUAGGGCCUUAACAUCUGGAGACUUCUCUAGAAAUCAUUUUCUCCCCAAGACUAAAGCCCAGGAGAAACUUUUCAAGCAGCAUGUAUUUGUUUAUUUACGCAUGUUCGACAGUAAAAGUGGGUUUGAAAUAUUGCCUUGUAACCGGUAUUCCUCUGAGCAAAAUGGAGCCAAAAUAGUUGCAACAAAAGAAUGGAAGAGGAAUGAUAAGAUUGAAUAUUUGGUUGGUUGUAUUGCUGAGCUGUCAGCAAGUGAGGAGAACAUGCUUUUGCGCCACGGUGAAAAUGACUUCAGCGUCAUGUACUCCACUCGCAAAAACUGUGCUCAACUGUGGCUCGGGCCUGCUGCUUUUAUUAACCACGAUUGUCGGCCAAAUUGCAAGUUUGUGUCUACGGGUCGAGACACAGCUUGCGUCAAAGCUCUGAGAGACAUUGAACCCGGAGAGGAAAUCUCGUGCUAUUAUGGCGAUGGCUUCUUUGGAGAAAACAAUGAAUUUUGUGAAUGCUACACAUGUGAAAGGCGUGGCACUGGUGCUUUCAAAUCAAAAAUGGGACUCCCUGUGGCAGUCCCAGUUAUUAAUAGUAAAUAUGGCUUGAGGGAGACUGACAUGCGACUGAAUAGGUUGAAGAAGCUGGGGGAAGGGAGUCAGAACUCUGAUAGCCAUUCUGUUGGCUCUCACACAGAUGCAGACACUCAGGAUUCACCAAAAAUACAUUCAACUUCUAGGAGAAGGACAACUGCUAGCAUGAGGCUGAGCAAAACCCGGACUCAUGAUGGACAGUCUCUCUCAAGAGCCUACACAUCUACCUCACCAUCCAAACAAAGUCACCCUAAUAACAGGGUACCAAAGAGACUAAAAUCAAAUCCCUCAAGGCCUUUGCUCACGAACAUAAAACUACGGAGCCAAAGCAGAGGGGCAGAGGUGAAAACCUCUGCUAAUGUAUUUACAGGCCCUGCAGUCUGCAAAGAAGUCCCGGUGAAAAAGGAGAAGGACUCUUUUGAAGCUUUUCAAUCACUGGGUUCUGGAGACUACUUAACCCAGCACAUUGCGAAGGAAAACAAUCAGCAUUCUUUAAAAUGGUCUGCGGCAUUAGAGACUGGUCAGACUUGCACUUACAGAACUCGAAGGUCAAUCAGGACUUUGCUCAAGGCACAGGAGGUUAGUGGCACGAAGACUGAACCAAGCACUUUUGAGCACCAGGACCUGGUGCCCAGUCAAGUAGUCAUUAAAACGGAGCCAGCUGAUAUGGAGGAAUACCUUACUCAUGGGAUGAGGUUGAAUGAGCCUGAACCAGACGACCGAUACACCAGGAGAGUUUCUCACUCACGAAGUCGCCGCUUUACUCAGCUGCAGCCGGACAGGCUAAUAAAGAGUGAGGACUCGUCCUAUGAACCUUUCAUUCCAACCUUUCUGCCAGAUACACAAGCGACGAGUGUCAGGGAUUGUGGUGAAAUGUUGCUCGGUUUUCCUGAAAGACCUGAGCAUUAUCAUGCCGUGACAAACCGUGGUAAGCCCAAGAAGGACAAGUCUAAGGGUAGGAGUCGGGGUUUGGACAAGGGGAAGAAGAAGCGUCAGAUCACGCGGUAUGAUGCGCUAAUUUUGGAGACGAGCACAGGGAUACCCAAGCUGACCUUGCGUCGACGUAGGGAUAGCAGCAGCAGUAAGUCCAGCGAGCCUAAUGAGGCUCAUGUUAACUCCAACGCCAAGAUCGGCAUCAAGCUCAGCAAGGACCACAACAUGGACGCGGGCAGCUCUUACGUAGCCAGGUUGAACAAUGGCUUCAGUCCUGUGACCCACACAACCUCCACCGAGCUGGAGAUACAGUUGAAAUGUGAGGACAGUGAGCAUCUGGUCACACCAGCAUGGCUUGAUGAGACCAACUUCCCUGGGAUGAGUUCCUUCGAACUUGGAAAGGAUGAAGCUCUGAAUGGUGAUCAGGGCAGCGAGCACAUGGACGAGCAGUCUUCAUCUGAGGAGGAUGAAGAGGACGAAGACGACGAAGAGGAUGAUGAUGAUGAUGAUGAUGAUGAUGAUGAUGAUGAUUUCAUCCCACUUCCACCAGCAAAACGUCUCCGACUCAUUGUUGGGAAAGAUUCCAUAGACAUCGAUAUCUCCUCCAGGAGGAGGGAGGGUCGGUCGUUAAGGCUCAGUGCAUAAGCUCUGAGGGUCAUCUUUAGACCCAAAUGUGUAUAAUAUUUCCUCUUAAUUCUAUCUUGAGUAUAAAAGGAAGUCACGGAAAAUAAACAUGAAAAAAAACCCUGUGUAAUUAGCUAAAGGAAAGAAAGCUGUAUAUUGUUAAAAUUUGUUAAAAUAAUGCGUUUAACGUGUGAUGUUGAAAUAGACAUUAUUAUUGUA